AUGAAGGUCUCUGUGGCUGCCCUCUCUGUCCUCCUGGUCAUGGCCUUCAGCUCUCUGGCAUCCUCUGCUCCAAUGGGGCCCAACACUCCUACCUCCUGCUGUUUCUCCUAUGUCAGACAACAGAUCCCUAGGAAAUUUGUGACAGACUAUUUUGAGACCAGCAGCCUGUGUUCCCAGCCAGGUGUGGUGUUCAAGACCAAAAAGGGACGGGAGAUGUGCGCCAACCCCAGUGAUGACUGGGUUCAGAAGUACAUGGCUGACCCAGAGUUGAACUGA